AUGCCCGCCCCCACUACUACCCUCCUCAUCGAGGGCUCCUUCAGCGAACUCGCCGAUGAGUUCGCCCAGUACCUCGACGCACUGCGCAAAACCGAAGGCAGCACCACCAUUCAGGCCGAAAUCUCCCCGCUCUUGGAACCCCUCCGCCAGCAGGAACAGAGUGACGCUGAGCCCGAUCGGAAACAGCGUGAUGAUGUUCUCAAGAAGCUGGUCUCGGCGGCAUCCGUGUUGAAUAAUGCUCCAGAGAAGGAGAUUAUCUCCGCCUACAACCUUCUCGUCCAUCUUAUUCACUACGCCUCAGACCCUGACAUGUUCCUCUCCCGCAUCUGCUCUUACCUCGCUAAACCAAUCACUUCUUCCGCCCAGUUCGGACCCUCGUUGGCCAUCUCUAUCCUCUCCACCAUCUUCAACACUCUCGCUCCUACCGACUCCAGCCGCUUCCAUGUCUUCCUGGGUAUUGUCGCAGUUAUUCGUCAGUCCGGCUCCACAGUCGCUUUCGAAGCCCUCAAGCCUCAGUUGACCGCUCAGCUGCCCACCUGGCUGUCCUCCUGGGAGUUAGAUGAGGAAGAGGCUCAGCGCCUGCACCUCGCCGUUGCAGACGCCGCUCAGGCCGCGGGCGACCCGGAGCUGGCGCAGACUCACAUUGUGCAGGCUCUGCAGACCAUUCCAGCCGCGCAGGCUUCUUCCAAGGAGGCCCGCGACCUCGCCAUCCGCGCUCUCACCUCCGCUCUCACCCACCCCGCUGUGUUCGACUUCACCCCUCUGACGGCUUCGGACGCCGUCCAGGCCCUUCGCUCCAGUGACAGCACCCUGUUUGAGCUUCUUGAGAUCUUCACAGCCGACACCCUCGACGCUUACGAGGCUUUCGUCACCGCCACUCCCUUGACGGGCAUCUCCGGUGGUGUGCUGGCCGACGCUGGCGAGGCGCUGCAGAACAAGAUGCGUCUGUUGACUUUGGCCUCUCUGGCCGCCUCGACCCCUUCCCGUUCCUUGCCCUAUGCUACGAUCGCCGCGGCUCUGCGUGUGCCAGCCGAAGAUGUCGAGAAGUGGGUCAUCGAUACAAUCCGUGCUGGUCUGGUCGAGGGUAAGCUGUCUCAGCUGCGCUCUGAAUUCCUGGUACACCGCGCUACCUACCGUGUUUUCGGCGAGAAGCAGUGGGCAGAAGUGCAGGGUCGCUUGAUGGUCUGGCGUCGCAGCCUUGAGAACGUUCUGGGCGUUCUUCGUAGCGAGCGGGAGCGUUUCGUUCGUGAAAGCCUGCAGGCCGCUGUGGCAGCAGAGGAAGCUGCCCAAGGCAAGUCGAACGACAAGGGUAAUAAGUCUGGAGAUCGUCGGCAGCGUCAUGGUAACAACCAACAAUCUCAGCAGCAACAGCAGCCCCAGGAGGUGGCAGCCGCAGAGUAA